AUGUCUUCAAUCGAAAAUUGUACUUCUGCUCAAUAUAAACUUGAAAAUUGUACUUCUGCUCAAUAUGAACUUAAACAUGCUACUUCUACUACCGAACAACUACUUGUCUCUAUUACGUCUAGUAUUAACAAUAAUGAAGAUCUAGAAAUAGUAUGUCUUCUCUGUUCUAAAGAUAAAAGAAAAAUAUGGCUAUGCAAAAAUAAUGAUUCCAAUACAACAAAUCUUUGGCGUCAUCUUGAACGUUACCAUCCAGAUAGUAAACCAAAAUCAGGACAAGAAUUAUCUGAGUUUACACAAUUAGCUUUUAAAAAGUUACUUAAUAAAUGGAUACUAUUAAACCCAAAUGCAACUAUUUCUAAAGGAGAUACAAUUAGAAAUGAUAUCAUAAAAAGCUAUGAAGAUGAAAGUAUAGUUAUAAAAUCCUUACUUCAAAUCAUUCAAGAUAUUCUUAAACAAUUUAAAGCUGUCAAAAUUAGAUCAUUACCACAACGUCAUGAACAAUUUAUGCGUCAAGUUAGAGCCGCUGGUCUUGAGAAUUGUAAUCUUAUAUUGGAUAUUAAGACUAGAUAG